AUGGCCUCCCCUAGCGUUCUCACCUUCAACGGUGAGGGUCGGGCAGUGGACUUUGAGGUCUGGGUAGAUGAUAUGCAGCUUUUCCUGCAGUGCGAUAGGACAGACGGCCUCUCCCUGUUUGACCUCACUUCUGGUGCCUCCCCUGCCCCUACUGCUGAUGCUGACGCCACUGUUUGCUCACAGUGGGCCACGCGCGAUGCUGCUGCUCGCCUUGCUGUGCGCCACCACUUACCGACCACUGAGCGUGCACACUUUAGCCAGUACAAGAGUGCUCAGACCUUGUACGAUGCUGUAGUUGCACGCUACUCUUCCCCUGCCACUGCUGCACUGAGCCGCCUCAUGCUACCGUACCUCUUCCCUGACCUUGGUGCCUUUCCCACAGUCGCUGACCUCAUUACGCACCUCCGCACAAGUGACACUCGCUACCGCGCUGCGCUUCCUGCUGAGUUCUGCGCCAACAACCCCCGCCCUAUGUAUAUCACCCUCUACUACAUAGUCACCCGGCUCCCUGACUCUCUACCCGUAGUCACGAACCACUUCCUCUCAGUCUGCCCCACCACUCUCACUGUUGACCUCCUCGAGAAGGCCCUCCUGAUUUCGAGUCGGUCGGCGCUGCGUCUGCCCCAAGCAGGAGACGCCGCACCGGCAAGGGCAAGGGGGGCAAGGGCGCUCGAGGGGUUGGAGGGGGCGGUGGAGGUGGUGGUGGAGGCAGUGGAGGGAGUGCGGAUGGUGGUGGGAGUGGUGCCGGGGUUGGUGGCAGCGGCGGCAGCAGUGGAGGCGGCGGAGGCGGUGGAGGUGGCGGAGGGAGCAGAGGCGGCGGAGGUAGUGGAGGAGGCGGAGGUGGGGGAGGCGGCGGAGGCGGCGGCGGCAGCGGAGGCGGAGGUGGUGGAGCGGGUCGCGACUCUGCGCCGAGGAGUGGCGCCGGUGGUGGUUAGCGCCAGCAGCAGCAGAGGAGUGGUGUGA